GCAGUCAGAGGAAUAGAGGUCGUCUGAAUCAGGUCAUCUCAGAUUUGAGAAGAUGAGUGAUUUGGAGGAAGAGGGGGACAGAUCAGAGUCGCCUGUGUCCAGCUGUCUGUCUUUGAAGAGUAAGUCUGAUCCUCCAUUCUUCAGUAAUGAGCCUGGACCCUCAGACACAAAACAGAGAGCUGAGUCUCCAGUGUCCAGCUGUCUGUCUUUGAAGAGUGACCGGUCUUUGGACAGACCUGUAACCUUCAGUAAUGAGCCUGGACCCUCAGACACAAAAGUGAAGAAGAAGAGGAGUCAUGUUUCUGUGGAGGAGCAGCUGUCCUGCUGUGCUUUGUGUCAGGACGUCCUGAAGGAUCCAGUCUCUACCAGCUGUGGACACUGGUUCUGCAGACAGUGCAUCACCUCGUACUGGGACCAGUCUGCUUCAUCAGGAGACUCCUCCUGUCCUCAGAGUGGGAAAAGAUCCAGAACAAGAGCUGGAUGGCAGACAGCCAGUCAGACCAUCACUGUACAAACAGGUAGUGGUCUGCAGGAGGUUUUAGAUGAACAUAAAAUCAGUCUGAGGAGGAGAUGUGAACAUGUGACUGAAGGAAGUGAUGAAACAGGAAGUGAAACCCUCCUCAACAGGAUCUACACUGAGCUCUACAUCACAGAAGGACAGAGUGAAGAGGUUAAUACCCAACAUGAGGUGAUGCAGCUUGAGAGAGCUUCCAAGAAGAUCCUCCAUGACACUCCAAUCAAGUAUCACGAAAUCUUUAAAGAUUUACCUGACCAACAGAUAAACAUCAGAGUCGUUCUGACGAAUGGCAUCGCUGGCAUUGGAAAAACCUUCUCAGUGCAGAAGUUCACUCUGGACUGGGCCGAGGGUUUGGAAAACCAAGAUGUCAGUCUGGUGAUUCUGCUUUCGUUCAGGGAGCUGAACUUGAUCAAAAAUGAGCAGUAUAGUCUUCUCACUCUUCUCCAUGUAUUCCAUCCAACAUUACAGAAGGUCACAGCAGAGGAGCUCGCUGUCUGUAAAGUUCUGUUCAUCUUUGAUGGCCUGGAUGAAAGCAGACUGGCUCUGGAUUUCCACAACAAUGAGGUUGUGACUGAUGUCACACAGAAGUCAUCAGUCAGUGUGCUGCUGACAAACCUCAUCAAGGGGAAUCUGCUCCCCUCGGCUCUCAUCUGGAUAACUUCCCGACCUGCAGCAGCCAAUCAGAUCCCUCCUGCAUGUGUUGACAGGAUAACAGAAGUACGAGGCUUCACUGACGCCCAGAAGGACGAGUACUUCAGGAGGAGAGUCAGUGAUGAAGAGCUGUCCAGCAGAAUGAUCUCCCACAUCAAGACAUCCAGGAGCCUCCACAUCAUGUGUCUAAUCCCAGUCUUCUGCCGGAUCACUGCUACAGUUCUGGAUCACAUGUUGACUACAGAGCAGAGAGGAGAGCUGCCCAAGACCCUGACUGACCUGUACUCACACUUCCUGCUGGUUCAGACUAUGAGGAAGAAGCAGAAGUAUGAUGAGGGACGUGAGACAAGUCCACAGGAGUUGACGGAGGCUGACAGGGAAGUUCUUCUGAAGCUGGGGAGGCUGGCGUUUGAUCAUCUGGAGAAAGGAAACAUCAUGUUCUACCAAGAAGACCUGGAGCACUGUGAUCUUGAUGUCACAGAGGCCUCGGUGUUCUCAGGAGUUUGUACACAAAUCUUCAAAAGAGAGUGUGUGAUCUUCCAGAAAACAGUCUACUGCUUUGUUCAUCUGAGCAUUCAAGAGUUCCUGGCUGCAGUUUACAUGUUCCACUGUUUCACCAAGAGGAAGACAGAGGUACUGGAGGACUUCCUGGGGAGAGGUGGGGAUAAUUACAGAUCCCUGGAUGUUUUACUGGAGAGAGCCAUGAAGAAAUCCCUCCAAAGUAAAAAUGGUCACUUGGAUCUGUUUGUCCGCUUCCUUCAUGGCCUGUCUCUGGAGUCCAACCAGAGACUACUGAGAGGCCUGCUGGGUCGUUCAGACAACAGUCCAAAAAUCAUUCAGGGAGCCAUCAACAACCUGAAGAAGAUGACCAUGUCUAAAAUCUCUCCUGACAGAAGCAUCAACAUCUUCCACUGUCUGCUGGAGAUGAACGACCACUCAGUACAUCAGGAGAUCCAAGAGUUCCUUAUGUCAGAGAACAGAUCAGAGAAGGAACUCUCUGACUUCCACUGCUCAGCUCUGGCCUACAUGCUGCAGAUGUCAGAGGAGGUUCUGGAUGAGUUUGACCUGCAGAAGUACAAUACAUCGUGGGAGGGACGACAGAGACUGAUUCCAGCUGUGAGGAACUGCAGAAAGGCUCUACUUUCUGGCUGUGGAAUCUCAGAGAGUCACUGUGAAGUCGUGGCCUUAGCUCUGAAGUCCAACACCUGCCACCUGAGAGAGCUGCACCUGAGUGACAACUACCUGCAGGAUUCAGGAGUGAAGCAGCUGUGUGCUGGACUGGAGAGUCCAAACUGUAGACUGGAGACUCUGAGAUUGAGUUGGUGCACUUUGUCAGAGAUCAGCUGUGACUAUCUGGUCUCAGCUCUGAUGUCCAACCCCUCCCAUCUGAGAGAGCUGCAGCUGAGUAAAAACAACCUACAGGAUUCAGGAGUGAAGCUCCUGUGUGAUUUUCUGGAGAAUCCACAUUGUAGACUGGAGAGUCUGAGAUUGAGUUCCUGCAGGUUGUCAGAGAUCAGCUGUGUUUCUCUGGCCUCAGCUCUUAAUUCCAACCCCUCCCAUCUGAGGGAGUUGGAGCUGAGAGGAAACAACCUACAAGAUUCAGGUGUGAAGCUGCUGGGUGAUCUUUUGGAGAAUCCACACUAUAGACUGGAGACUCUGAGCUAGAAACUGAUCUCUGGCAGUAUGAGUGAUGUGGUGGUGAGGUGGAUGUGGUGAGAGAAUCAGCUGCAUCCUGAUGAUCCAGAGAGGUUGAAGCAGCUGUAUCAGAGACUCUGACUGGACCAUGUUACUGGGAGGAAGACAGGGAGACUGACUGGGCCAUGUACUGUAACUGGGAGGUAGAGUGGAGAGACUCUGACUGGGCCAUGUUACUGGGAGGUAGAGUGGAGAGACUCUGACUGGGCCAUGUUACUGAGAGGUAGAGUGGAGAUGACUCUGACUGGGCCAUGUUACUGAGAGGUAGAGUGGAGAGCUUCAUCCAGCACUGACUGACAGAAGAAUCCCAAGUGGACAUGAUUCUCAGUGCUGCAGUCUCAGACAACCAAAACCAGAAUGAUGUGAUCAGAAGGGGGGGUCUUGCAAAGGUAUUAUCAUCUUUUGAGUCUGAACACCUCAAAACUAUAUCUUUAAUAAAUGUGAAAAGACAACUGUUGACUUUUUUUUUUAUUUGAGCUAUAAAUUUUGUACCAGAAAGCAGUGGGAUAAUUGAAGAAGUGGGAUGAUUGAUUUAUUAUAAAAUUCUCAGCAAAUAAUCAAUAUGUGAAAAGUUAAUUUCUUUCUAAUCCAGUGAAUAGUCCUCCUUCAUGAGGUGUCCUAUAGGUCAACUCAAAGCAAUGGUUAUUGCAUUCUGCUUCAAAACUUCUUUCUAAAGGAAGCACAGUGUCAGAGGGUCACCAGACUCCCAUGCAGUCGAACAUAUCCCAACAUUCUGCACAACCUAUCUUCGUGAAAGUGGCGACUCAGCUCUGGUCCACCUGACGACUAAGUACAGGAACAGAGUAAACACUGAACACGACCUUAGAGUUACUUUGUCAACCACCACCCAUGACUUUGACACUCUUAUGAACAACAAAAAACAUUCUGUGGAAGUUAGUCUAUGCUUACAGCUUUCCAGUUGAGAGGGAAUUAUAACAGUUACACUGUUUUCCUUGAGUAUCUCAAAAUAAAAAUGAUGCUUGACAUGACCUGAUGUUUGCCGUGUGUUUUUUGCUCAAUAAGCGACUGCCUGAUGGAUACAAUGACAGACAGGUCAUCAGAUAUCUUCUUUUCAAGGUGAUCCAGUGAGAUGUCUCUAAGGUAGACAGUUUCAAAAAUUUGAUAUCCUAGUACAUGAAAGCACAAGGUUUUAUUUCUUGCAGCAGUUCU